AUGGUUCAAAUCUCGACUUUGAUGAGCGGAUCCGCUCUCCUUCUUGUCAUUCAGGCUUUGGCUCUUCUCGACCAGGAGAAGCGCGCCAUCCAAUUUUCCUUCAAGCGAGGAGAGGAGGAGAAGCGCGACCCUGCCAUCCAGUUCUCCUUUAAGCGAGGAGAGGAGGAGAAGCGCGACCCUGCAAUCCAGUUCUCCUUCAAGAAGCGUGACGAGGAUGUUAAUACCAAUUUGAGCCCGGAGGACUACGAAAAGACCCCUGAGGGGUGGAAGGAGAAGCGCGCCAUCCAGUUUUCCUUCAAAAAGCGGGGAGAGGAGGAGAAGCGCGACCCUGCCAUCCAGUUCUCCUUUAAGCGAGGAGAGGAGGAGAAGCGCGACCCUGCAAUCCAGUUCUCCUUCAAGAAGCGUGACGAGGAUGUUAAUACCAAUUUGAGCCCUGAGGACUACGAGCAGAGCGAGGGACAUACUACUGUGCCUCCUCAGGAGUGGAAGGAGAAGCGCGCCAUCCAGUUCUCCUUCAAGAAGCGGGGAGAGGAGGAGAAGCGCGACCCUGCAAUCCAGUUCUCCUUCAAGAAGCGUGACGAGGAUGUCAAUACCAAUCUUAACCCAGAGGACUACGAGAAGAGCGAGGGCCACACGACCACAGCCCCUGAGGGGUGGAAGGAGAAGCGUGCUAUCCAGGUUUCCUUCAAGAAGCGUGAAGAGGACGUCAAUACCAACCUUAGCCCAGAGGACUACGAGAAGAGCGAGGGUCACACGACCACAGCCCCCGAGGGGUGGAAGGAGAAGCGCGCCAUCCAGUUCUCCUUUUAA